AUGGUGGACGCAAUAAAGAGAGCUAUCGCGAAGGAUCCCUCAAAUUGGAGAAAACAGCUGUUCAAUUUCCUAUAUAGUUACCGCUAUACUCCUUGCUCGGCAACUGAUAACGGAAAGUCGCCGGCAGAAAUAUUUGUUGGCCGACGAAUCAAUUCACCGUUUACAAAGUUGUUUCCCAGGUCUCAAUCAGACGUGCUCAACCCGGAUCACUCCAGACAGUUGGACAUGCAGUCGCAGUUCAACCAACACCACGGGGCACGAGCGAGGCAACUUUCAGUGGGAGACCGCGUUGUAGUCCUUACCCAAGCAAAAAAAACGCGAGCCGGUGGAAGGGAAAUCGAACGCCAUAUCAACCACAUCUGGAGGGGUGGUGAUUCCGACCAGGAACCAACAACCUCCACUUCCACGGAGGAACUGGCAGCGGGAGACGAUUGGACAUUUUUCACCAAUGAACCGCCUAACAGCCAGGUUGGGCCUGACGUCAAUACUCCGGAGAUCGGGAUUCCGGAGGAGGAGGAGCUUACAACACCCCUGGCGCAUAGUACUCCGGAGAAGUCUACAACACCAGAGAUCGGGAUUCCGAAGGAGUCUACAACACCCUUGGCGCCUGCCAGACCCGUCCGCCUGCGGACUGCACCACGACGUUUGGAGUUGGACCCAACGGCCAAAUCAUACGCAUAUUGGUAA